GAGUUUUGAAUGGUCUGCUGUUCCUGCUUUUGGACUUUAAUCUUGGUUCUUCACCUGUCUCUUGUACAUGAUCAGAGCGGAGCUUCAGUCACUGAUGUUGGGUCUCCUCCUCCUGCAUUUGGGAAAUAAAGAUGGGGACAACACAGAGCACCCUGGAAAAACAUGGCUACGUACUCCAAAAAACAACAGAAAAUGCUGUUGUUGCCACAAAGGGAGAUGACACAUAUCUCAUAAAACAGAUCAAGUUGGAUCAGACAUCCACAAAUCCAGCAUUAAUCCCAGAGAUAGAGCUCCUGAUGAACACAAGCCAUCCUCACAUUGUGAGCCUCAAGAACUCUUUCAAAGAUGAGGAUCAGAAUGUUUACUAUAUAGUGAUGGACAUCUGUCAGGGAGGGAACCUUGCUGCAAAGAUCAGAGAGAUGAGUGACUCUCCACAAGAGUCUGAGGUACUGAGCUGGAUUGCUGAGAUCUGUGUGGCUUUGAAAACCAUUCAUGAAAAAGGCAUUCUUCACAAAUGUCUGACACCAGAGAACGUGCUCCUCACCGAAAUUGGAACAGUGUGCUUGGGCGGAUUUGGAAAUAUCCAUGAAAAUUCAACAAAAACUCCAGUAAGCACUAAUUCACAGCAGACAAUAAAUUAUCUGCCACCAGAAGCCUUCACAGAGGGGACCUAUGAUGCUAAGAGUGACAUUUGGUCAGUGGGAUGCAUACUUUAUGAGCUGUAUACUCGAGAACCAGCGUUCUUUGCAGAGACUACACUCCAGCUCAUACCCAAGAUAAUCAGUGGUCAUUACCCAUCUCGCCCAGAGAACUUCUCAUCAGAGCUUUGGGGAAUACUGAAAGAGAUAUUCAGUAAAGACCCUCAAUCAAGACCAACAGCCAAUGAGAUCCUAAAGCGUCCUAUUAUGAUACACUGUCUGUCAGAAAAGUGCAAAACAACUGUAAAGGAACUCCAGACCAUGGUGGACAAGUUAAGGGAUGUGGCUGACAGUCUGGAACGUGUGCAUCAGGGUGCCACCAUCGGCAGUCUGACAGGAGGAGUGAUUGGAGCGGUGGGAGGGAUUACAUCUGUAGUGGGCCUUAUACUGGCUCCCUUCACUCUCGGAGCCUCUCUCAUUGUCACUGGGGUUGGAAUAGGGGUGGGUGCAGCUGGUGGGGUCGCUGCUGGUGCCUCGAGUAUCACUAAUAUGGUCAACCAGUCGUCUGAUUGCAAAGCUGUUCGAAGCAUCAUUAAGAAGAUUGAACAGAAAGUUAAUUCAGUUGUCUGCUGGCAACAGGAAAUUAGCUACAUCUUAGAGGAAAUCAUGAGCAGAUGUGACUCAGCUGACACAACUAGCAAUGAGGUCAGUGAGUUAAACCAAGGCAACUUGGUAGCUGGCUGCAUGAGGACAGGAAAGGGCCUUGGUGGCAUUGCUGAACUGGUGCGAUUAGUUCAAGUGACGAACAUAGGCAAAGUUGCAGCACAAGGGGCCAGGGCAGUACGUGUGGCAGAGGUAGCAUCAGGUGUGCUCUCUGGUUUACUUUUGGCAGUGGAUAUAUUCUUCAUUGCCAUGGAUGCAAAAGAGAUACACCACAUCAGACAGGCAAAGGCAGCAAGGGAAAGAGAGGGAACUCCUUCUGGGCCAGUGUCUAAGACGGACACCAUUGAUUCUGACCUUGCUGAACUUGUGUCUGACAGAUCAAAGGUACAGGACCAGACUUCCACAAUCAGAUCUGAGAUCAUGAAAUUUGCUCAUUCAAUCAGGCAGGCAGCGGAUGACUUGCAGAAAAACGUAGAGGAGCUGAGAUGCAUCAACGUAAUGUUCCCCUCACCUGAGGAGCUAAACCAGCUGAGAGAGAGGUCACAUUAAAUGAAAUCUUGUAAAAUAUCAGGUGUAAUUGUUAACACCAGUGUUGUCACAAGUGUAUUAACCUUUGGCAUCCCUAGUAGUUGCUCCAUGGUCACUUACAAUCUGAACAUUAAGUUUACUCUUUUGUGUGUCUUUUUUUAUUAUUUGGUUAAUUAAUGUAUUGUUUACAUUGCAGUCAAAGCCCCUAUGACUGUGUAGGAUUUUAAGAUUGUUAAUUUGUUGAUGAUUUCUAGUUUUAGCAUCAAAGCACCGUGUUGCACCGUAAUGCAAGUGACAAUAACUUCAAGGUGAAGUGUGUAAGCAGACUGCAACCAGCUAAAACUUCUCCCAGCUAGAAUGCCUUUAAUGUUCUUGGUUCAGGAAUUUUUUAUGGGGAGCCAAAAUAUCCACAGAGGUCUCUUCCUCUCCAAAACAAAUGGACCAGGCCGGUAAAAACACUGAAUAAAGUCACAAAUCAGUGCAUCUCCAACUCUGUUCAUCAUCUCGAGACAGGAGGCUCCCUUUUCUCUCAUAGGUUAAUAUGCACUCACCAUAUUUUGAUCCAGACAAUCAGGGGUUUUUUUUUUACUGUGAGCUGAAUUAUCCACAGUGGUGAUUUAAACUGGUAAAAACACUGCAUAAGGCAGUUUCACGUUACAAAUCCAUGUAUCUCCAAUGCAGUCUGGCAUGUUGCUGCAGGUGGCUAGUGCGACACAUACUAAUGUGUGGUCACCGUUUUUUUCCUCUACUAAGAUAGAAGCCAGAAGCCAAAUUAUACACAGAGGUCUCUUCCUCUUCAAAACAAACAGACCAGGUAAUUUAAACUGCUAGAAACAUUAAAUAAAGCAGUUUCACAUUACAAAUCAGUGUAACUCCGGCGCCACUCAUUGCAAUUGGGCUUCUUACUACGAUGGCAGACAUGAAAAUGCAGAAAGGCAAAUGGCUCUAUGUGGAGCCAGUGUCUGAUUUGUCUGUUCUGGACUACUGUAGAAACAUGGCGAUGCAACACGGUGAUCUCCAUGGAAGAGGACCCACUACCUGUGUAGAUAUAAACUUCUUAUUGUAAGGUGAGGAGAACACAACAAUUCUUAUUUUCAGGUGAUUAUACACUAAAGAAAACAUACUAUGAUAUUACAUUUAAUUUACAGUUUUGUUUAAAUAUCCCACUAAAUCCUACACACUUUAAGAAAACGCAUUAAUGAGAAAGAUGAUCUUAUCUUACAUUGUAUAAAUAGGAGCUUUAACUGCAUUGAAACAUGCAUGCUCGAGUUAUUUGCCAUAAUUCAUUUGCUUUUUUGCAGUUUAAGAUGAUUUUUUUAUUUUUGAAGGUGGCAAAGAGAGAAAAAUGGGAUACUUUUUUUGCUCUCUUCUCUCUUCACCAUCUCAACUAAUUCCUAAGAUUGCUUGCUGAGUUUGUGGGGGGAGACGUACUCAGUGAAGUCAGAGUUUUACAGUCUUCAUUUUCUAAUCAUUCUCAUGUAUUUAGUAAAGUGCAUAUUUUGCCUAAUUCUUAUCCGUAGUUUCUUUAAACACAUCCCUAGGUACCUUUAGUAUGUUCAUUCUUACUGAAAGUUGUUCUCACUUAUAAUCAUCCUUUGUGUAUUAAUUCUUAUUAUGUUGUUCUCAUGGGAACUGCGCAUUGGUUCGACUGCGCAUUGGUUCGACAGCCCAUUGGUUCGACACCCCAUUUUUCCGACCUUAUUAAACCCAUUGUUCCGAAGUCCGUUCCGAAAUCAUCAUGAUGCCCUGUGGUUAAGGUCUGGUUAGGU